AUGUUGCUGGAAGUAUUGCUGACGAUCUAUUGUUUCUUGGAAUCAACGGCCUACUUCAUUCACAUUGAUGCGAACGAGGAACAGUGCUUCUUUGAUCGUGUCACUGCCGGCACCAAAAUGGGCCUGAUAUUCGAGGUGGCCGAAGGUGGAUUUCUCGAUAUCGAUGUUAAGGUCCCACUUUUCGGAUUCUUACUUGUGCCGUCUGAAAGCGCAAAAUUGGAAGACAUGGUUCGGGAACUUUCAUCAGCCUUAACAACUGUCAAGCACGAACAAGAAUACAUGGAAAUUCGAGAACGUGUCCAUAGGCUAAUAAAUGAAAGUACCAAUUCGCGGGUGGUACUUUGGGCGAUCUUUGAAGCAGUGGUACUUGUGGCAAUGAGUUUUGGUCAGAUAUAUUACUUGCAACGAUUUUUCGAAGUGCGACGGGUUGUAUAA